GUUGAGGAGCUGCUCAGCUGCCUUUUUAUUGUUAUCACAAUAGGUGGCUUUAAGUUGUAAUGUAAACAUAUUUUUUACUUAUGCAAUCUUUGUGAAGAACAAAUGACUGAUCUUUUAGUGGAAAAUAUACAUUUUGAGUUCUGUUGUCUUUGAAUAUGUUGAAGUAUUGUUCGUUUCUCCACUGGCAGAAAACUGUAGAAGCUGACGGCUCCUCAGAUCAAACUGUGAUGGGAGCUCUCUAACUGUGACACAAAGACUGAUCUUUAGCAGUUUCCAUCUUCACUGGAUAAAUACUCUCUACAGAAGAACCUUUAAACUGGAAGGAGUUUUUCUUUUCUUUUCAACUAAAGACUCACUUCUGAAAUGGACAGAUGGAAACUGAUUUUUUUGACUGUAUCUUGAAUCCAAACACUGAAGAAGGAGAAUGAUUUUGAGGAGAUUUCAGGGAUAAAACUCCCAGACUGACGUUCAGAUACCUUUAGAUUUUUUCUGCAAAUCUUGAAGAGCUGCCAGACCCCACUCUUCAAGCCUCUAACUGUAGAAAACACGACUAAAGCUUGUCAGUUUGUGUUUUUCCUGAUAAAGCCCCGUCCACUUCAGCAGUGAGGAUGCGAUCUCCAGAACCGUCCUCACCUUCCACAGCAGAAGCCCUCCUUCAUGGCCAGUUUGCCAGCUGGGGCACAGGCAGCAACAGCAACAAUAACAGCUGCCCCAACAGCCCUGGUGGUCCGGGGGGGCUCUCCCCCGCUGCCUCCCCCACUCCGGCUCCGGCCUCCAACUAUGCCUUGACCCUCACCCACACCCACAUACAUAUCCAGCGACUGUCUCCACGGCCGGGGAAGGAAGCCCGUCUCCUGCUGCCUUUAUCAGAGCUGGUGGGCUGCAGCUGCCCUCGUGUCCCCGCGCCCCCUCUCCUGGUGCUGUACUGGUACCCGCCGGGCAAGCGACGGAAAGGGGUGUCUCGGCGCAGGCAGGUGAGGGCCUACCUGGCAGAGACCAGGACUGAAGCUGAGAGGUGGUCGGCUGCUAUACAGUGUCUUCUCAGAGGUGUGACCGUCACUGCUGAUACAGAAUUUUCAAGAAGUCUGCUACCUCGUCCCAGGCGACUACUGUUACUGGUCAAUCCCUUCAGCGGGAGAGGCCAGGCAAUGCAGUGGUGUCAGACCCACAUCCUGCCAAUGAUCAGAGAGGCAAACAUCAGCUACAACCUCAUACAGACAGAGCGUCAGAACCACGCCAGAGAGCUUAUCAGAGAGAUAUCGCUCCCAGAGUGGGAUGGCAUCAUCAUUGUGUCUGGAGACGGCCUGCUGCAUGAGGUAAUUAACGGGCUGAUGGAGCGUCCUGACUGGGAACAAGCAAUAAAAACACCUGUCGGCAUUCUUCCCUGUGGCUCCGGGAAUGCACUGGCUGGCUCCAUCAACCACCAUGCAGGGUAUGACAUGUGCCUUCGGGAGCCCCUCCUUUUGAAUUGCUGCUUUUUGCUUUGUCGAGGCGGUGUCCGACCUAUGGACGUGGUCUCUGUGACAACAAGCCCUCCCCCCUCCAACAGCAGUCGUACUGCAGCACCCAGGAGACUUUUCUCCUUCCUCUCUGUUGCCUGGGGCUUUGUGUCCGAUGUGGACAUUGAAAGUGAGAGGUAUCGUGGUCUGGGCUCAGCUCGCUUCACCCUGGGCACGCUGGUGCGCAUCGCGUCUCUUCGAUCCUACAAGGGUCGCCUGUCCUACCUGCCUCCGUCCAUCAGCAACACGUCACCAGAUGCCACACCUCCGCCGCCAAGGAGGCCCCUCUCCCGCAGCAUCACAGAAGGCCUGGAGGGCUUCUGUCGAACGCCCAUCCAUCGCACCUGCUCCGACAUGGGCAUCAGCGAACAGAGGAGCCUGCGGAAGGGCGAGGGAGAGAGGGAAAAGGAGGAGAGGCAGAGAGAAAGGGAGAGAAGAAGGGAGAGGGCUAGGGGAGGAGGAACUGGCGUGGUGAGGGCAAGCAGCCUGGCAGAGGACAGAGAGAGGGAGCGGGAGGGCGAGAUGGAGAUGGAAGCAGAAGAGGAGAGGUCGGGGACAUGUUCGGAGAGUUCAGAAUCGAUUGAAAGGGAUGAUUGCAAUAUUGGGAGAGGAGAAAGGUUGGCGGGGAUUAAGGACGAAAGGGAAGAUGAUGGAAGGGUAGAGCAAGACUCCAGUGAGAUGGAAGAGGAGGAUCGAGGGAGAGAUGGGGAAGGCAGUGGUGGCUCUGCAGAGGGGGAGAGUGUGAUGCGUGCAGGAGAGCUGGGGGAGAGCUGUGGAGUCGACAUGGGGCGAGAGGCCGAUGAAGAGCCGGAGAGUUGUCUCACUUACCAAGAUGAUCUUCAGGAAGCCAGACAGAAGCUGAGGAAGAAUUCAGCACCCUCGAGCCAGAUAGCAAACGCCCUCUUCAACCAGCCUCUCAGUCAGGACGCAGACGCAGAUUCAGGCCCUUCGUACGGGGUUGAGGACAUGGAUCUAAAUGGAACCUACUAUCAGAAAGAACCCUACCAACUGGACGUUUCUCGUGAGCGAUCUCUCACCAUCUCCUCUCCCUUUCGUCACUCUCCCUUCUCCUACAAGCCCAAGACCCUGGACCAAAACCAGAACACGUCCCGGCCGAGGCCCCUCUCUCUCCUCCAGCACUCCCACUCAAACUCCCUCCCUCCUAAACUCCCCUCCCUCUCCCUUUCUCUCUCUCCCACACCCCCGUCUUCCCCUUCAUGCGCCUCCCCUCACUCUUCAUCCUACCUCGUCCCCCGUCCCAACACCCCAAAUUCCACCUCGCCCUCGCCCUCCCUGCGCACACCGUCCUCAUCUUUUAACUUUGACAUUGCCGAGCCAGCAGGACCUCUGAAGAACCGUCCUUUCAUCCCACUGCCUUUAAAUAUCCCCAAGGAUGACUUGUUACCGCCCCUCGACCAGCCCCUUCCCACCAGAGACUGGGUCACCAUAGAAGGGGACUUUGUCCUGGUCCUGGCCCUUUAUCAGUCCCACCUCGGGGCUGAUCUUCAUGCUGCACCCCAGGCCAGGUUCGACGAUGGACUGAUCCACCUGACCUUUGUGCGGGCGGGGAUCUCCAGAGCCACUCUACUGAGACUGUUCUUUGCCAUGGAAAGAGGAACCCACCACUCCGUCAGCUCGCCGUAUGUGAGCCACAUUACCUGCAAGGCCUUCAGGCUGCAGCCUCUUUCUACUCGGGGGACGCUAACUGUGGAUGGAGAACUGGUGCCCUAUGGGCCGCUUCAAGCGCAGGUUCAUCCCUCCCUGGCUCGGCUCAUCGUUGGCGACUCUGGAGUGCAGAUUACCAGAUUCUAAUCAGGGAUUGGUUGGUCUGAUUGACAGAUACAGCACUCCACUGAAUUAUGUAAUCUCUGUUGUCAUCUUUAUUCUGAGCGAGAGGGCGGAGUAUCUGAGAGACUAAAAAUAGCCUGGAAUGCAGAAACUGCUUUUCUGAGGUUUAAUGAAAGGGAUAACCCACCGAGCCACGCAUCAUUGGAGCACGAUUGCAGGGAUUAAUAGCAAAUUUGAAAAUGGAUGAAAAAUGCGCCUCAUUGCACAGCUGUUGGAUUACGCUCGGCGUACCCUGAGAAGCAUGAAAACUGCACAGCCUGGGAUAGUAAGAGGGAAGAACAAUCGAAUGUUUAAGGAUUUUUUUUGUGUGCAGAUAGUGCAUGUGUUGGAUGUAUACAUAGUAGUAUGCAUGCAGAGAAGCACUACCUGAAUUUUGCCUUUUGAUGAGAUGGAAACAAAUCAGAUUAAAUUCAGAGAAAGUUAUUCUCAAACAUGAAAUUCCCUAAAAUAUUGAGAUUAACUGGGGUCAACACCCCAGUAAAACAUGCCCCAACCCUCUGUCUUCUACUCCGCCCCAAAUGUUUGAGUAUAAAAGCUUCCGUCCGUGAAAGGAAUGCCUUAUCUGACACUGGACAGUACAGUUGUACCUUUGCCCUUACUUUCUCUAACUUGUCGAAGAAACCCAAAUAUUCUUAAUAUCUGUCCACAUAUCAUAGUGUCCGUCCACUACAUCAGAGCUUAUAUACUCAGACAUACUGGUAGACCCACCUACCUACUGUUAUCUUGGAGCACACUACUCUCCACUGUUUUAAGCAUCAGUGGAGAAAAAUGUGGAUAAAUCUACACUUUAAUGACCAUUUUGUUCAUGCGUGACUCAGCGUAGAGCAGCGAGAUCAAACGUAGGAGCGAUGGAACCGUUGAACGGUGACCAUGACUGACAUUUUUGCAUAAUCUGCCUGUUUUUCUUAGCCAGUGGUUGCACGAUGAUGAUGUCAAUAAUAUCACACUUUUAGGUAUAUUGACUAUAAAAAAAAAAGCGAACAAAGCUUCUUUGUCCGUGGUUUUAGACUGUUCAUUUUCAACAAAUCAUACAGAUAUCUAGAAUAUGUCACUAUCUCUGAGCGCUCAUCUUUGGAAGCAUAGAGGACAUUAAAUGCCUCCGAUUAGCCGUAAGUAGUGCAAUUAUUUUGCACAAUAACUGGAGCUGAAGCAGCACAUAAAAUCACCAUGCUAGAAUGCAUUGUAACUUUUUACAGAGUAAUGCAGAGUCUGAUGCAACGCUUUGUCCUAGAAAUAGACGCACUAGUAUUAAUAGUCCUGAUAAUAAAUGGAUCACAUUACAUUCCUAGCCUGCAAAUAAUGAAAUGUCUCAACUUGAACAUAUAAAGCUUUGAGAUGUAGGACUGACUGAUUAUUAAAACCAUACAUAAAAUCCUGCUGUAGAGACAAACAAGGGCACGACACUAGAAUCCAGCAGCUCUCUGUUGUCACAGCAGAUCAUGAAAUAAACCAGUUGGAAGCAAAACAACUUUAAAUGUGUGAAACUAUCCAACAGCAGAGCCUAUCUGUUGACUUACAUGCUAAAUUGGGUUUUAAAUCUUGACAACUUUCCAAAUGAUUAUAUGCUCCUUAGAAAAAUCAAACCAGAGGUCUUGGAGCUCUUGUAGGAAUUGUCAUGGUUUAUAAAUUAAUUAUUUUUAAAUGUUAUAAUAAAGCCUGCUGAUGUUCUUGGUCUGGACAAAGGAAAAAUCAUAAGCAUGUGCAGUGUAUCAAUCAGUGAGAUCAUGUGCCGACUGCUUGGGUCAUACUGUAUGUCUUGGUCAUGCCUGGACAAAUCAAUGCCUUUGUAUAAUAAGCCUGUAAAUUCUGGCUGUUGAUCAUGAACUGUUAAAACCUGACUGCAGAAAAAAAUGGAGUAAAACUCUUUGCUCACCAGGCCUUUAUUUUUCUUCUUUUAUCGUUGUUUUUUUUUUUUUUUUUCAGCGCACAAUGCAGCUAGUCAACCACAACUACACUGUGCUUACACAGCUACAGAAUGUGAAUACAUUUUGAGUCUAGGCUUGUAACAGUACCAAAUAGAAGAAUCUAUAUACACUUUGAAUGGAGUUUUUUUGCCAAAAUGUUUACUCUCGAUGUUUAAGAGACUAGUUUACCUAAACAUUUUGUCGUCUAUGGCCAUAGAUCGCACCAUGGAGUUAUAGACCAAUUUGAUAAGACAAUGUCGGGGUUUAACCCCUCAAUUGAUAAUGCCAUAAAGAUGUCUGUAGUAGACUGCCUGUAAUGAAAUUGUAAUUAUUACUAAAAUCACAUGAAGAUAUGAAGUAUAUACAUACACAAUGUACAGUUAAUAGUUAUACAUGGUUUUGAAUAAAUGUAACUUGAUACGUUUGUCUGGA